AUGAACAAAAAGGUGCUUUUAAUGGGAAAAAGUGGGUCAGGAAAGACUUCGAUGCGUAGUAUCAUAUUUCAUAAUUAUGUUGCCAGAGAUACAAGACGUUUAGGAGCAACAAUCGAUGUUGAAAACUCUAGAGUAAGAUUUCUUGGUAAUUUAGUUUUAAAUCUUUGGGAUUGUGGUGGUCAAGAGGCAUUUAUGGAAAAUUAUUUUGCAGCACAAAGAGAUCAUAUUUUUCGUAACGUUGAAGUGUUAAUUUAUGUGUUCGAUGUAGAAUCUCGUGAAAUAGAACGUGAUAUGCACUAUUAUCAAGAUUGUCUUGAAGCAAUACUGGCAAAUUCUAAAGAUGCAAAAAUUUUUUGUUUAAUACAUAAGAUGGAUCUAGUGCAAGAAGAGUAUAGACAUAAAAUUUACACCGACAGAUUCAACGAGCUUAAAACGCGAUCAGAACCAUUAAAGAUCAAUGCGUUUGUUCAUUCUUUAAUUCCGAAUAUAAAAUUAUUGGAAACACAUUUACAAAAUUUUGGAACUAUUUGUGAAGCAGACGAAGUUGUAUUAUUUGAAAAGACUACAUUCUUGGUAAUUUCUCACUCGUCAAGGAUUUAUCAUCCAGAUUUACAUAGAUUUGAAAAGAUCAGUAAUUAUAUGAAACAAUUUAAAUUAAGUUGUAGUAAAUCUUUAGCACAAUUUAAAAGUAUGGAAAUACGGCAAGCCAAUUUUGCAGCUUUUUUUGAUGUUUUAACAACAAAUACUUAUGUGAUGGUUAUUAUGUCUGAUCCAAGUGUUGAAUCUGCAGCAACGCAAAUGAAUAUAAGUGUAGCAAGAAAACAUUUCGAAAAAUUGGAAUUAACACAUAUGACAAGAUAA